UAGCGUUUUAUAAAUGUGUUUCCUUUCAUAUAUUCGAUGUGUUUUGGACAUGUCUAGCAUGUAUGUCUCUAUUGUAAAUAAAAUUAAGAGAAAAAACGUUGGUGUAUUGUUUAUAAACAACUAGUAAUUAUUAACCUUCAUAUAAGAUGGUGGCAUGACUUCUUUAGUUAAAAUUUGGAUAAUUCUAAAUCAGUCUUAAUUUUCUGAAAAGCCUGAUAAUACUCUUAUAGUUAAUGCAUGUUUGACAAUUAACAGGAUUCAUCUUCCAAUUGUUCUGAUUAAUGACAAUAAAUACAUGUGAAAAUAUGAUUCAAUUUUUCUUAAAUUCAUAUCAAAAAGCAGGCGUGAAGGACAAGCUUUUUGUGAACAAUUCCAAUAUUUAUAUUUUACAAAAAUUCUAACAAGCUGUUAAUAAGUAAUGAUUCUUCUUUCAUAUCAAUGAAAUUAUUUUAAUCAAUUCUUUUAUAUAUAAUUAUAGAUUCAUUUAUGUUGAGCUUUAUUUAUUCUUUUUAGGUAAGGCAUGGUGCCAAGAAAAGAGAAAAGAAUUCAUUAUUUCGAUGGUGUGGACCCACAGUCACUGAGUUGUUGAAGGGUAUAACAGGAUGCACCCAGACUCCUCUGAAUCCAGAUACCUGCUGAUCUAUAUUCAGCUUGUUCAAUUCUUUGGCAACUUAUUAGUGAUCACAGGUCCUCACCAGCAUAGUAAUGAGUUCAUUCUUCUUUAUUUGUCACCAUGCUUUAUCUGUAAAAGAAUAUACAUAGAUCAACACAAUUAUGGAUCUAGACUUAUGCAUCACACAGAAUAUAUAUACAGUCUGAUCCAUAAGUCUAGAUGUAGAUUGUAAUCAUAUACACUACAAUCAUAAUUUAAGCAUUCUAAUUUUGUACAUAAUAAUGAAAUCUAAUUCUUGCAUGUUGUGAUUGAUGAGAAGUUUGGAUGCUCUAGGCAACUCGUUGCCAACUGCCAGUCUAUUUUAUUUAAUAAUAUAAUUAUAUAAUUUAUUACUCAUUACUCGGUGCCAUGUAAAAGAAUAAAGAAAGACCAAAGAAAAAUUUUACAAAAUCAAUAUUGUAAAUUCAAUUGUAAAAUAAUGUGUGCAAUGCUUAAAUAAUAGCAAUUAUUUAAGCAAUACUUACCUUAUUCUACAUAAAUCUUACAUUAAGUUAAAUAUAAAUGUAAUAAAUGAUUUGUAAAUUAAAGAAAAAUAACUUAAACAGAAAGAAAUUGGCAUUAUUGAGCAGAUGAAUUAACACAAAUAGAAAGGAAUUAGUAUUAACAAAUAGAUGAUUUAGGUAUAUCAACUUUAUUAAAUAUGUAGAUAAUUAUCAAAGGCUGGUUACAGUUUGGAUAGAAGUGUAAUAUUUAAGCAUUUAACAAGUUCAGGUUAAAUAAUUUGGGAUAGAUGAAAGAACUACAACUAUUGUGUAAAGCAGUGUUUCUCAGUUUUUUCUACUUGGAGACCAGCAAAAUUAUGGACAAUUUUACACGGACCAGUAAUUACAUGUAGCUAUGAAUUAUGCUUAUGUAAGUAACAAACUACAUACAGUAAUGCUAGAUUAAUAUUUAAAUGACAUCCAUAAACAACUGUGCCAGCAUCAGUACAUUUAGAUAUGUUUUUGCAGAUCAGCAUUUGAAAAACAUUAGCGUAAAGGGGUCAUAUUAAGAAUGGAAAUAUUAGCAUGAAUCUACAAUGGAUUAUGCAUUUGUUAAUUAACUGAAUAUGCAAAAAUAUUUCUGAUACUGUGAUUAUUACUUACUAAUUACAAGUAUUGUAAACUAUAUUAUUAUUGUUAUGUAUCUGUUUACAUGAGAUCCUCAAAAAAUUGCUGACUGAAGACAGGUUUAUAAGUCUGAAAUGCAUUUUAACAAAACAAAAUGUUUACUAAGAUUGCAUAAUUAGUUACUAUUUGUUUAGAUAUACCCUCAUUACAGAUAUUAACUUUUAUCACUGCUAUAUGAGUUAAUUUUGAAGCACUGUGCUCUUUGGCUGGUUAUUUCUUGAUCAUCCCUUACAUGUUACAUUAUUACAUGAAACAUGAAAUACAUAGUACUCGAUGCACUAAAACACAUAAAUCAGUUUCUGUAUUGUCUGAAAUUUUGUUUAUUUGAAAGAUAUCAUUCUCAACAAGUUCAGGACUGUUUGGUGUGAGAAAAAUCAAGCUAAUAAAAGUAUUAAAGUGAUUAGAAGAUACCAGUAUAAUCCUGUAUUUAUUUCUUGGGUCUCACAUCACCUAGUGGAAGUUGGGUCUCGCAUCACUACAAGUUGCUACUUUCGGAACCACAAUUAGAAGGGCAUGAACCCCAACCCAGACAUUUCAACAGACAGGAAGAGCUCUGCUAUAAGAGUUGAAAUUCAAAAUAUUGAAAUGCUGAAAAAGCCAUACUGUGCCAAUGCCGACAUUCUUUCUACUUUGGAUCUUGAUAUUACCAACAUCAAACAAGAACCAGAAUGGGAACACGAGAAUGAUAUUACGAGUGCGCUAGAAUUUGAAUCGGAAGAAGUCAAAUUCCAAUGUAACGAACUUAAUAUCGUCAAAGUCGAGCAAGAUAGUUUGGAUCACGUAAUUAAAACAGAAUUGCAAUCUGUUUCCGAAGAUGAAUAUUCUUCAAAUAAUCAAGUAAAUUUUCAGGAAAGUGCCGCUGAUGAUUUCUCAAAUAUUGAACGUGAAAGAAAUUUACAUGUUACACAAGAUACUAAUACUGUAAGUGCUAGAGGGAUUUGUGAGAACAACAGAGAUGAUAUCAAUGGACAAAAUGGCAACAAUAUCAAUGUAGUGUUUGUGCCUGUUGUUGUUAACUACGUACCUGUUUUAAAAUCUAUUCUUCUGAAACCUGCAAAUGUUCCCAGUAAAAAUCAAGUGGAAUUUGAAAACAAAGAAGUUGAGAAAAUUUCCGAAGAAUUUUGGAGAAAGUGCACUUCUAGAGAUUUUUUUCGCAUGAUGGACUCGGAAUUUGAAGAAAUAGACAUUGAUCAGAGAAUAGCAUCAGAUUUUAAGUUUGCCGUUAAGCUUGGUGUGCAACCGAUAGAAGCCAUCUGUAGUAAUUGCUCAUUUCGCAGGAAAUUAUUUUACACAGAACAUGAUAAUUCUGUAUGUUUUAGAUGUAACGAAUGCAAAACGAAUAGUUCGCCAUUUGACGGUACAUUCAAGGGCAAAUUCGGGCAUGUUUCGUGGGAGUGUAUUUUUUCUUUUAUAUGGCAUUUAUUAUGUAUUGAGUGUUCUUUAACUAAUACUUGUAUGGCAGUUGGCAUCAGUACAUGUAUUUCAAUGGAUUGGGCUAACUAUGUGCGGCUUGUUAUGAGGAUUUCUGUAAGUAAUAUGUCAAACAUUAAAGUUGGUGGUCCAGGAAAAAUAGUUGAAAUAGAUGAAACUCUAAUUAUUAAAAGAAAAAACAAAGAAGGUCAGAAUUUGAAAGAAACUCUUUGGGUUGUUAGAGGAGUAUGUCGUCAAGAUAAUGCGUGCUUUGUAUGCAAAGUGAAUGACAGAUGCGAACAAUCUCUUAACUGGGUAAUAUCGAAAUAUGUAAAUUCAGGAAGCACUGUCUGUAUGGACGACUCGAAAGGAAUAGAUAUUACGCAUAAGAGCACGAAACAUGCUGAAAAUGUUGACCCAGAAACCGAUGUGCAUAUUCAAACAAUAAAACAUUUGUGGCGUUGUUUAAAAAAUAGAAAAAGUGUGCCCAUGCAUUUCACUAAAGAUUUAUCGGAUUCUUACUUAUAUUUCUUUAUGUAUAAGAAGAUGUUCAGAUGGGAACGAUUAAAACCUGGAGAACGUUUCGAAUUAUUUGCUAAGCAUUUGAGUUGGAUUUAUCCCGGACCAGGUAACACCCCUAUUUGGAAAGAGCCAGAAACUGUGCCUACAGCCCCAGAAAUGGACACUGAGAAGAAAGAUAAUCAUAAAAAUGAGAAUUUGGAAACGUCAUCUAAAAAUACAGUUAAAUCGUCUUUAAAGAGAAAGGGUGAAGGUUGUAAAAGUUCAGAAGAAACAUGUUCAAUGUCCAAAGAAAAGAAGAAAGGGAAUUAAAACUAUGGAAAAAACAGGCCUUUUCGCUGCAACAUUUGCCAAAGAAGUUUUAAGUUGAAGGCAGAUUUGGCAAGGCACGAGAGACUCCAUUCCGACGACACUCCAUUCUCUUGUAACAUCUGCAAAAUGAGGUUUAAACUGAAAACCUA